AUCACAUUCACAAACUGAAACAGAAUGAUUUGAUUGGAGCGACUGACUGAAGAGCCUGGAUUAUGGAUUUGCAGACAACAAGAUGAAAUUGGACCACAGAACUGGAUGUAUUACAAAGACGAAGGAAAAUAAAAAGGACUGUCUUUGGUACUGAGUCUGAGUCAUGGAUAGCAAUGGAAGAUUUACCAAAUUCCGGUGGAUCUGCAUUGUGAUUGGACUGAUAUUCUCUGUGGCGGACAUUGGAUCAGAUUUAUUAGUGAGCCGGCAGUAUUUUAAAGAAGAAAAAUACAUUUGGUUUGCCCUGACUCUUUCAUUCAUCAUCAUCGCAUCUCUGUGCACACACGUUUUCAGCUACGUGUGGUUUAAGGAUGACAGGGAAAAUGAAGAGCUGCCUAAGGCUUGUCUGGUCGUGGUGCAUCUGCUGCAGCUGGGCUUCUUUACACGGUACUUCAAGCUGCUGAAAGCCAGCUUUAAGUCUGUUUGGCUUCAGGACUUCGAGCCAAACUCAAUGACUCUGCAUCUUUUUGGUCUGGCAGCAGAUCUGAGCAUGUUGCGCCUGCUUGAGACAUUUCUGGAGAGCGUUCCUCAGCUUAUCCUGCAGCUCUACAUCAUUCUCCAGUACCAACAUGCAUCCGUCAUACAGUAUAUUAGCAUGGUCGUCUCCUUCCUCAACAUUGCAUGGACCACAGUGGAUUACUGGCGCUGUUUACGCAGAUCCCUGCCCAACACCUUGGAGAUGCCCAGUGGGUUCCCCAUGGCCGUAUACCUGCUCUAUAAAGUUUUAACCAUAUCAGCCCGUAUACUGAGCCUGACUCUGCUCAUCAUGCUGCACAUUUACAGUAUCCUGGCAAUGGUCUUGAUAUGGCUGGUGGGCACUGUGUGGGCUCAUGUGAUAAAGACUGAUUUCUGCACUUCGCUGUGUCUGGAGUAUUUCUACAGAGGAAUUGUUGGGUUUAUCCUCAUUUUUACCUUCUUUAAUUUACAAGGGAAAAAGACAGCACUACCAAUGACUGUUUAUUACAUAAUCAGCACGCUCCUGAACCUCUCAGCUCCCUUCCUUCUGUUUCUAUUCAAGCCCAUGACUUUGGGGUUAGAGUUUUUUUUACCUGUCAUGGCAUUCAUUGUGGUGGCUAACGCAAUGGGGCUGGUGUUUCUGGUUCUGUAUUACACCGCCUUACACCCAAGAAUCAACAGAAUUCCGGAUGAGGUGGAUGCACCUGGAUUCAGUCUGCGUGAAACAUUCACAGUAACUCGUAUGAACCGAUUUUUAAACAUCUAACUCCUUCCAAGCUUAUGAAUUAAAAAUGGGCAACACUAAUGUGCAAUUUACAGU